AUGUCGUUGAACAACAGCAAUAACAACGACAAAUCGACCUCAAUUCCUUCGCUUCCUCUCCUACUAGCUGCGCGGAACCACGCUCAGAAAGAUGCCGGCAAACUCGCAAUCAUUGACACAGCCAAGGGCCAAAGCUUCACCUAUGCCCAGCUCCUGGCGGACGUUUCGUGCCUUAAGAUGCAGAUUCUGGGGUCCUUGAAGCUGGAGCUGGCAGGGGAUUUGGAGGAGCGACGCAUUGCGUUUUUGACACCCGCGGGAUACGACUAUGUUGUUUGUCAGUGGGCUGUAUGGGCUACCGGCGGACUAACCGGUUUAACCAUAACAGGCACCACCCAUCCGGCGAAGGAAAUCAUAUAUACCAUUACCGAUUCGGAUCCUUCGUUGAUCAUCCUCCAUCCCUCAUUCAGCCAUAUGAAAACCGCCAUUCGAGAAGCUUGUCCCGAUAUUCCCUUUUUUGAUCUAACCCCAUUCGUCGCCAGCACGAAAUCUCCAGUGCCCCUACCACCGUUCCACGCUUCCCUCCCCCAAUCCAGGCGCGCAUUGAUGAUAUAUACGUCCGGAACAACCUCAAACCCCAAAGGCUGCGUCACAACCCACAAAAACAUAACAUUCCAAUCGGAGUGCCUUGCCAAGGCCUGGGAAUAUACCCCGGCAGACCACCUCAUCCAUGUGCUCCCCUUGCACCAUGUGCAUGGGAUCAUCAACGGGCUCACGGCCACGCUCCUCGCCGGCGCGACAGUGGAAAUGUACCCCAAGUUCGAUCCCGCCGUGGUCUGGAGGCGGUGGUACGAUCGGGGCUCGUCGACGAUGUUCUUCGCCGUGCCGACCGUCUACUCGCGGCUUGUGGACUACUUCGAUGCGCACAUCCGGUCGACGGAGCUGGAGCCGGUUGCACGGAGGGGCACGAAGGCCCUACGUCUGGUUGUCAGUGGCUCGGCGGCCCUGCCCACACCCAUCAAGACGAAAUUCGCGGAGAUUACGGGCCAGGUGCUGCUGGAACGGUAUGGCAUGACAGAGAUCGGCAUGGGGAUUAGCUGUGGGCUCGAUAUCAAGACGAGAAUUGACGGCAGCGUUGGGUGGCCGCUGCCGGGCGUGCAGGUGCGGCUCACUAAUAAGGAAACCGGGCAGGUGGUUGCGGUGGAGACGGAGGAGGCGGGCAUGAUUGAGGUGAAAGGGGAUAAUGUGUUUCUGGAAUAUUGGAGACGACCGGAAGCUACUGCGAAGGAGUUUACCGCGGAUGGGUGGUUUAAGACGGGCGAUGUUGCUAAGCGGGAUUCGAACGGGGCGUAUUAUAUCCAGGGCCGGGCGUCAGUUGAUCUGAUCAAGUCUGGUGGUUACAAGAUCUCGGCACUAGAAGUGGAAAGGAAGAUGCUGGCAUUGGACGAGAUUCAGGAGGUCGUGGUUGUCGGGCUUGCGGAUGAGGAAUGGGGUCAGCGGGUGGCGGCUGUGGUUAAGCAGAGGUCUGGUACUCCUGCGCUCGAACUCAAGCCCCUACGUAUUCGACUGAAGGAAGAAAUGGCCUCAUACAAGGUGCCUACCGUGUUGAAACUCGUGGAUAAUAUCGAACGGAACGCAAUGGGGAAGGUGAAUAAGAGGGACAUCAUAAAGACCUACUGGCCAGAUAAAGCAUGA